GCGAAUCAGUACCAACUGGGAUCUCGUUAUUGGUAUAACACAGCUUAUUGUGGAGUAAUUGGUUUUCCUCGUGAGACGUCAAAGCAACAGCUCAACAAUGCGAAUGUUCGUUUUUCCUUGUCUCGCCGUGUGCGUGGCAAUGGCCCAUUGUGCGGCCAUCGAAGAGAAGAAGGCUGAAGAAGGCAGCCAGGUUGAGGAUGCUGGCAAGACGGUGGAGAAGCGUGGCCUCCAUUUCGGUGACUACCAUCAUCACCAUCAUGAACACAUCAAGACAGUGACCAUUGAGAAGAAGGUGCCGGUGCCCUACACUGUGACCAAGCAUGUACCUUAUACGGUUGAGAAGAAGAUUCCCUACGAGGUGAAAGUCGAUGUGCCACAGCCUUACAUUGUAGAGAAGAAAUAUCCAGUGCAUGUUAAGGAAUACGUCAAGUAUCCCGUCCAUUAUGAGGUGAAGGUGCCCAUUGAGAAGCACAUUCCCGUCUACUCGGAGGUGAAGGUGCCCAUUCACAAGGAAAUUCCCGUACCAGAGAAGUACCACGUCGAGGUGCCGAUCUUCAAGCACCACGAGGAUCAUCAUAGCCACCAUGGUCAUCAUGGUCACUAUUAAACAUGGAAAGCAACAAGAGAGCGUGGCAUUGCGGCCACCACAGAACGCGAGCACAAGGAGUAUACGAACAAGAACAACAACAGAAGAACAACAAGAAGAAGAACGACGAAAAAAUGGAAUAUGUGAGAGAAGACACAAGGACAUUGGCAGAGGGUCUUUGUCGCAACGUUGAGCUGGACGUUGAACGGGUGAUAAACACAAGGAGGAGUGGAAACAGAGCAGAAGGAGGAGUAGUACAAGUAACAGCACAGAGGACAAAACUGAUUAGCUGGCUACUUGGCAAAAACAACAACAACAACA